AUGACCGAACGGAAAAAUGGAGAUUGGGAUCGAUUGUGGCUGCCGUUUUGUGAAGGUUGGGCUGUUCUCAAGGAUCCCCAGGCUCAAUCCCGGCAUAUUGUCGCCUACUGGACGCGGGAGCAAAUUAAGGCCUUGCGUUUUUACACGAACUCGGAGGAACAGCGUCAAUCCAAGAAUGUAGCCUGGCAAACUUAUAUCUUGUUCUCACUGACGGUUAGUCUGGCAUCUUUGCUGUAUGGCAUACCCGAGUCCCUGGGUGAUAUUGUCAAUCUGGGACGCGAUCUGGUGUUCUCAAUAACGUGCAUAUUUAUUUUCUUUAGAUUGGUGUUCUUUGCCCGGUAUGCCGAUGACGUGGACAUGGUAAUCAAUGCUCUCGAGGACAUUCAUCACAGGACGAUAAGCGGGCCGGGAAGUAAGGAAGUGCAGGCCACCAAGCGGUUGCAUUUCCUCUUGUUUAUGGCCCUGCUCGUUAUCUGGCUAACUUUUCUGGUUCUUUUUAUUCUGAUAAAGAUGUCAACGCCCUUUUGGAUAGAGUCACAGAUAUUGCCCUUCCACGUCGCCUGGCCCUUUCACUUGCACGAUCCUAGGAAACACCCGAUUGCCCAUGCCAUUAUCUUUGUCACUCAAAGCACCACCAUGCUGUAUUUCCUGAUUUGGCUCGGCAUUGUGGAGAAUUUUUGUGUGUCCAUUUUCUUUGAGCUGACCUCUGCUCUAAGGGUCCUUUGCAUCGAGCUGCGAAACCUGCAGGAACUUUGCCAAGGUGACGAGAAUAGGCUGAUCAUAGAACUACAUCGACUGACCAAGUUUCAUCAGCAAAUCAUCCUUCUUUCAGAUCGUUGCAACAACAUUUUCAAUAUGGCAUUUAUCAUGCAAAUGCUGGUAAACUUCCUACUUGUCUCAUUGUCACUUUUUGAAGUAUUGGCUGCGAGAAAGGAUCCUCAGGUGGCAGCCGAGUAUCUGGUUGUUAUGCUGAUGACUCUGGGUCAUCUCUCCUUCUGGUCGAAAUUCGGAGACAUGUUCUCCGAGGAAUCUGAGCAGGUGGCCCUGGCUGCCUACGAGGCAUAUGACCCGACUGUUGGCUCCAAAAACAUCCAUCGGCACUUUCUUUUCUUCAUUCAGAGAGUGCAAAAACCGCUUUUCAUGAGUGCCAACCCUUUUCCGCCUUUUAGCUUGGCGAAUUACAUGUUUAUUCUAAAGCAGUGUUAUUCAAUUCUAACGAUUUUGGCCAACACACUGGAUUAA